AUGCUGACUGCAUUUUUAUUACUCCUGGCGCUCAGACUGAGUCGUAAGUAACAUUUUCUAAAGUGAAUCAGAUUUGUAUUUUUGAGUUUGAUACUUUAAAUUAUUCACUAAAAGGGGAAAAAAAACUAUCUUUCGCUUUUGUUCAACACUGAUAUUUCCUCAUUUUGUUCAGGCUGCACAGCUGAUGAGAACUACGAGACAAUAACAGUCAGUGUGAAAGAUGGUGUGACUUUGUCGUGUCCUCGGGAUACCUCUUGGUUGUCAACACAGUUAUUCUGGUUCAGGAUGGUUUCUGGAGGCACGCCUGAAUUUUUGGGAGGAACCUCUACUUUUCCCUAUGACGAAGUUACCGAAACCCCUCACUUCACAGCAAAACAAGAACCUAAAAAGUUUGUCCUGACCAUCAAUGAAACACGGCUCAAUGAUACUGGACUUUACUUUUGUGUAAAACAAACACAACUUGACGUGACUUUUUUGAAGAGAACGUUUCUGAGGAUAAAAGGUAAAUAAAAUACACUUCACAGACUUUUUACUUCCUUAAAGUUAGAAUCAACCCUGAGUGAUAUCAGCAGAUAUAAUGUUCCACAUGAAAUGAGAUGUAAGAAUAAAUCUCAUAACUUCCAUUUAUAUACUCUGACUUUAACUUUGAACUUUAGUUGAAAUACUUCCUUUUCUGGAGAUUUAACUGAAUUUUUGGGAGGAACAUAUGACUUUGACUAUGAAGUUGUUCACAAAACCCCUCACUUCACUGUAAAAAAAGAACCUGGAACAUUUGUCCUGAUCAUCAACAAAACACAGCUCAAAGAUACUGGACUUUACUUUUGUAUAAGACAAGACCAAUUAAAUGUUAAUCUUUUGAAGAGAACAUUUCUGAGGAUUAAAGGUAAAUGAAGUAUACUUAGACCUUUUUUUUAUGGCUGCUUAACAAUGUAAUCAAACUACCAUCAGCAUUUUCAAUGUUCCUCAUAAAUAAAGAUGUGAGAGUAGAAGUUUUUUCAUGAAUCUAGAAAAAAGUCCAUUAAAAAACUUUCUCUUUGUCUAAAAAUAAAGGACCAGGACCUGAUAUCAUCUCAGUUGUUCAAGAUAUUUUAUCUAAUCCAGCCCGUCCAUGGGACUCAAAGAUUCUGCAGUGUUCAGUCCUCAGUGACAAGAGCAGCAAAACCUGUCCAGAUAAACCCAGAGCGUUCUGGUUCAGAUCUGGAUCAGAUGAUUCCCGUCCCAGUGUCAUUUACACUCAUGGAAACAAAAGUGAUGGAUGUGAGGAGAGUCCAGAGACUCCCUCUCUGCAGAGAUGUGUCUACAGCUUUUCUAAGACCGUCAGCUCCUCUGAUGAUGAGACUGUCUACUGUGCUGUGGUCGCAUGUGGAGAGAUACUGUUUGGAAAUGGAAAAAAGCUCACCUCUGAAGGUAAGUACAGAACAUUUCAUAUGAUCCAUUAGCAUUUAUUUCCUAUCUGAUGUGAUCCAUGUUGUGAAACGUUACCUUAUUAAUCUAUUUUAAAAGAACAAUGCGCAGUUUUAAACAAAAAUGUUGCCAUUUGAUAGAGUGAGCUUAAAGACGUUUGUUCUUUGUGCAGGUCAGGAUUAGAAAUUAAUCUUAAAUUUAUCUAAAGCACUUUAAUUUUUUAAAUUCUCAUUCUUGUUUGUUCCAGGAAAUGAUGAGCUACUUUACAUCGCUCUGUAUCUGCUCUCAGCUGCUGUGGUCACAUGUCUGAUUGUUAUAGCUUUCCUGAUUUAUACCAUCAAGACAAGAGCUCCCUGCAACAGUAAUAACACUUUCUCCAAUAACAAUCAAUCAUACAGUGAAAAUCACAGCUCUUUGUUAAAUAACAGAUCAUGUUUUUGGUUUGACUUUAUCACAGCAGCUGAUGAUGAGCGUAGAAAUGCUGCGAAGGCCAGCGCCGAUCGGCAAAGUCGUCAGGUAAGAAACACACAGAGGCUGAAAAUAUUUCUCUAUUCCUCAAAAUAAACAGCGGUCAUGUUACAUUUUUUUCUGUGUGUAUUCUCAGAGAGAUGACAACUCACUGGUUUAUGCUGCACCCACAUUUUCUAAGAAGAAACCCUGCAAAGGUGAGAGGAGGAACAAAAAGAGAGCGGAAGAAGAAAUCGUUUACUCUGGAGUCAGAGCUGCUGUGGCCAAAUCAUCCAAAUAA